AUGGACUACAUACAGCCUGCCCAUCUUUAUACUCGUAUUCUGGAGAACAUUCCUUGGAAGUCUGGGGACCCUAAUGCAGUGAAGGGCGACCCUAAGAAAAGUGUGAAAUGGAUUGAUGGUCUUAGAGGAAUCGCCUCAUUUCUUGUUGUUCUUACUCACCUUGCCCGCGCCUGGGACUACGACCUAUUCGCCCCUCGCGACGAUGUAGAUGUCCCUGCACGUAUUCUUCAGUGGCCUGUCUUUCGUAUUCCCUGGCAAGGACGUCUAGGUGUGACCAUCUUCGCAUUCUUGACAGGUUACGUCUGUGCCUUGAAGCCUAUCAAGCAGGCUCGUAAUGGAGAUCAUCUGGGUUCGUUCACAUCCGUGGCCAAGAGUGCCUUCCGCCGCCCACCUCGUCUUAUUUUUCCGGCUACCAUCGCCUUGCUCAUCUCUUGGGUUAUGGCUCAGUUUGGUGCUUUUAUUGUCGCAAACCGCUCUGACUGUUGGUGGUGCCGCUACGCUGCUCCUGAUCUGGAAGACUCGCUCUGGAAGGAGUUUAUCCGUUUGGGCCAGAACUUCCUGGGUGUUUGGACUACUGGAUACAUGGCCUACGAUGAUCACCAAUGGGCUUUGCUUCCUCUUUUGAAGGCAUCCAUGCUUGUCUAUGUUAUGCUUUGCAUUGUUCAGUUUGUCAAGUUCCGAUGGCGUUUGGCUAUUUACCUGGGAAUGUUCUUAUACUUCCACCAGGAUGCCGCCAAGAACACAGAAACAUUCCAGAUGCAAGCUAUUUAUGGAAUGUUCCUGAGCGAUCUCUCCUACGAAGUCUCUUUCAAAGAAUUUGUCGAUAACCACAAAUGGGGUCGCAGAAUCGUAUCUGCCCUCCUCGCCUGCUCCGGUCUCCUCAUCUGCUCAUACCCCGGCGAACACCCCGAAUGGGCUACGUGGUCCAACUACAUGUUCAAAGCAGCGCAUUACAUUUUCCCACCAGAGGUCAACAUCGGCAAGCGCUACUCGGCCAUUGGCGUUGAUCUCAUCAUCUUGGCAAUCUACAUUUCCCCAUCCACCAAGGAUUUCCUAUCCAACCGUCUGCUCCUAUGGCUUGGUAAGCAAAGUUUUGCCGUCUACCUUGUUCACGGUACUCUCUUGCGCACAGUCCUCUGCUGGAUGCUGUAUGGAAUUUCCGGUCAACCCUGGGACGGAGAGCCAGUUGAUGGUAACGGUCAGCCAAUCCUAGAUGAGAAUGGCGAGCCCCUUCACCCACACUACCUUCCUAUCCGUGGUCCCUGGGUUGUGGGUAUUUCUAUCCCGGCUUGGAUUGCCCUUGUCUACUGUUGCGCCACCCUUUGGACUUCAUACGUUGAUCCCUUCUGUGCCAAGAUGGCUCACAAGCUGGAGAAAAUGAUGUUCCAACAAGAUGAGAAGUCUGUUGAGACUCUUCCGCUUACCUCCAUGCCAAUGACUACUGCUUAG